UUGUAAAAUAUAUAAUAUGGAUGACGAUACUAGUGAUAAUGAUCCAUAUUUUUUUGAGCUUGUACGAAAUAUUGAGAGAGAAAUUGAAAAUGAAAUUAGAGAUAUUACUGACGACGAUAGUGAUGAU